AUGUCUGAUCUAUUCGUUGACAUCCAAUUACCAACAGGAGAAUCAUAUAAACAACCAAUUGGGUUAUUCAUUAACAAUGAGUUUGUUGAAGGUCAUUCAGAUGAAUUAAUCAGUACAAUAAAUCCAACUAAUGGUGAAUUAAUCACAAAAGUCCAUUCAGCAAAUGAGCAAGAUAUUGAUAUAGCUGUUAAAUCUGCCCGUGAAACUUAUGAAAACGUUUGGUCCAAAACAUCAGGUUCUGCAAAGGGCGAAUUAUUAUAUAAACUAGCUCAAUUAAUUGAAGAAGAGAAGGAAAUUUUAGCUAAAAUUGAUACAUUAGAUGCAGGUAAACCUUAUCAUUCAAACUCUUUAGGAGAUUUAGAACAAAUUAUUGAAUUGACCAAAUUUUUCGCAGGUUAUGCUGAUAAAAUCAAUGGUAAAUACAUUCCAAUCUCUGAUGAUAAAUUUGUUUAUGAAAUUAAAGAACCUUAUGGUGUUGUUGGACAAAUUGUUCCAUGGAAUUACCCAUUAGCUAUGGCUUCAUGGAAAAUCCAAAGUGCCAUAGCUGCAGGUAAUACAGUUGUUAUUAAAUCUGCUGAAAAUACUCCAUUAUCUUUAUUAUAUUUUGGUCAAUUGGUUAAAAAAGCUGGAUUCCCACCUGGUGUGAUUAACAUUGUUAGUGGGUUAGGUCCAAUUGCUGGUAGUGCAAUCGCUAAACAUGAAGAUAUUGAUAAAGUUGCAUUUACAGGUUCAACUAAUGUGGGUAAAAUUAUUCAAAAAUUGGCCACAUCAAAUUUAAAAGCUGUUACUUUAGAAUGUGGUGGGAAAUCUCCAAGUGUUGUUUUCAACGAUGCUAAUUUGAAAGAGGCUGUUAAAUGGAGUAGUUUAGGAAUUUAUUAUAAUACUGGACAAAAUUGUACAGCAAAUUCAAGAAUUCUUGUUGAAGAAGAUGUUUAUGAUGAGUUUUUGGUUAAAUUCAAGCAAUAUGUUUUGGAAAAUUGGAUUACUGGAGAUCCAUUUGAUUCUAAAACUACUGUUGGACCAUUAAUUUCCAAGGUUCAAUUGGAUAGAGUUUUAGAAUAUGUUAAAAUUGGUGAAGAUGAAGAACAUUUGGAGAAAUUAGAAUUGGGUGAUAAAGCAAUCUAUUCAAAGCAUAAUGGAUGGUUUUUAAAUCCAACAGUGUUUUUAGAUGUUCCAGUUGAUUCAAGAUUAUUCCAAGAGGAGAUCUUUGGACCAGUUGUUACAAUAACUAAAUUUAAAGGUUAUAAAGAUGCAUUAUCCAAGGCAAAUAACACUCAAUAUGGGUUAGGCUCUGCAGUUUUCACCAAAGAUAUUAAGAAAGCCCAUAAAUUUGGUAAAGGAUUAAAAGCUGGUACAGUUUGGAUCAAUUCUUCAAAUGAUGAGGAUAUUAGGGCCAGUUUUGGAGGAUAUAAGAUGAGUGGUAUUGGAAGAGAAUUAGGGGAGAGUGGAGUUGAUGUAUAUACACAGAUCAAGGCCAUUCAUGUGAAUUUGGCUGACGAUGAUUGA